GACACAUACACACAUACACACAUACACACAAAAAGGCACUGGGAAGAGAGGUCGAGGCUGCACAUUGAGGCUUAUCCAAGGCCGAAAACAGACGAUGCUCAUUCCCCAUGGAACACGUGAAAUGGCGAUGAAGUGACAUGCGACGCGACAAACACGAAAAUCAACAUCAAAACAUCAAAACAUCAGCAAAGAUAUCGCGUACAGAGUGGGAAAGAAACCCUUUUUUGAAUUCUUAUCCUACACAUUGAUACUUUCACCGCAAAUCAUGAGAAGCUCACGCUCUUCCCCACAAUCCGUGGGCUUCAAUUCGAAUUCACACAUGGACACAACCGAUGAAAUCAUUAGUCCUGAAGACGCGGCCGGCAUAGAAUUGGAUGAUGAAAUAGCUUCACUGCAGGAACAAAUCGCAUCAUUAAAAGAUCAGCGUCGCCUUCAAACGGCGACUAUCCUCUCUUCUCAAGCGUCAAAAUCCAUUUUGUCGAAUUUGCGAAAGUCUUCCUCCAAAACGAAAUCCGCCCAAUUUGCUACCCCUACAGACUCCGAUCCACUGCUUGCGACUUCCGCAGCUCAAACAACUCACAAUCUCGAGAAUCUAUAUCGCGCAUGCGCAUCAAUCACAUCCUUCCAAAUUCAAGAUCCGGACCCGAAUGCUGUAGACAAUGGACAUGUGUUGGGGCUUCGAAUCGAUGCCAGCAGUUCUGGAAAGUUUGUUCGGCCUUAUUAUAUAAUGUUAAAUAAACCAUAUUCAGGAUCCGCAGCACUGAGAAUACAUCGACACACAGUCCCUCCAUGUAUUCCUUUGGCUAGUCUAGCCACGAAAUAUUUGCCUGCUCCUAAAGUCGCCGAGGGCAUUGUCAAAGAGAAACAACAAGAUUUAACUUCGUUUGUACGGAAAUUACGGCGAGAGAUUACAGGCUAUCAUUUACGUGUGGCAUCCAUCAAGCAUUUACGCAAAGGAUUCUCUUUGGAUGAGAAACUAAGCAGGAAAGGAAAAGAAAAGGAGCGGGAGAUAGCAGAUAUCAGUGCUGCUGAUGCAGAAGCGAAGCAGGUGAGGAUUGAGUGGAUAGAUGGUAAGGUUGGUAGAUGCGUGGUAGGGAUGAAUGGAGAAGUCGUCAAAUGUGUCAUAAUCGGAGAGGAUGGGCGUGAUCGUGAGACGGAACGAAGGGUCUUGGGCGGCGAUAAAAGAAUGGAGGGAAUCGCGGUCAGAUUGAUGGAAGGUAUCUAUUAAAAGUUUCAAUUUGAGGUUGAAGGUCAGGAGUUGGUAGUUAAGGAGUUUGUUGCUUAUUGUUUACAAAUACCCCGGGACUCAAACGACUCUGCACCACGGCAUUCAUUAAUUUUCAUCAUAACUGCUUCUUCCGGCCAAAAUCAAAUGUGAUCAGUCGCGUUCAAUGAAGGGCAUAUUGCUAAACUAAAAUCCAGAUAAGAUA